CUGUUUUAUGCAAACUAACUUCCGGUUUUGCUUUCAAAUUAAACUUCCAGUUUUGCUUCCGUUCAACAUUCACACGCAAGCAAAGAGGAUAUGGACGCAUCAAGUUUUGGAUCGGGCACUAAAAGUACACCUUCAAGUGAAAAUGAGCUCUCACUUACCAAGAAACUCUUAAAUGGUCCAUUGGAAGAUGAUGCACUAAAUGUCGAAUAUAGUUCAAAUGUUCCUUUAAUUGUGUCAUCAAUGUUAACUGCUGCGAAAUUCUCUCUUAGCAGCUUAGGUUCUGGCAGAUGCUAUAUUCGUCGAGAUAGAAGAGAGCGUCAUGACAUGAUAGUCAAUGACUACUUCAAAGGAGAAAACUCCAAGUACACCCCCGAACUUUUUCGCAAAGCCGGCUUUAUGGCCAUUUAGGCCAGGCUUGUGCCUAGGGCCUCCAAAAUUUUAGGGGCCUCCAUUUUUUUUUUUGCC